AUGGGCUUUGAGAGAAUUAGAUACACCCCCUUGGAUGAAUGUAGAUACCCUGUCGGAUUGGAUGUCUACAUAGAUGAUCUACUUUCUUUAUUAGAUAUUGAUUCCAAUGAUGUACGAUUUGUAGUAAUAUGUGGCAUGGGUGGCCUCGGAAAGACAACUAUUGCAAAAGCUCUCUACAACCGUAUCUUUCGAAGCUUUAAAGGGAGUAGUUUUCUAAAAGAUAUAAGUGAAGAAGCAUCACAUAGGAAAAAAGGUAUAAUUUCUUUGCAAAAACAACUUCUUCAAGAUAUUUUGAAAAAGGAAAGUGACAUAACAAGUGUUUCUGGAGCAUUGAUAAAAGAUAGACUUCAUAGAGAAAAUAUUCUUCUUAUUCUUGAUAAUGUGGAUGAUGCUGAACAACUUGAUGCAUUGGCUGGUGGAUUCAAUUGGUUUGGUCAAGGAAGCAGAGUCAUAAUAACAGCUAGAGAUGACUACGUUUUGGAUGUACAUAAAAGAAAUAUUGGUAAAGAUAUUCCAAUAUACAAGCCUAAAGAAUUGAGUUUCAAGAAUUCUCUUAAGCUAUUAAGUUUGCAUGCAUUUAGAGAGAACGAACCUCCAGAAGAUUAUAAGCAACGUUCACACGAAGUUGUAUGUUAUGUUGGAGGGUUACCCCUUGCUCUAGAAGUAUUGGGUUCUUUUCUAAUUGGAAAAGUUGAAGAAUGGGAAGAGACGCUAGAAAGUUUAAAGAAUAUUCAUGGUGAUGAGGACUCUGGAAAGUCAAUAAAAAGAUAUGAUGACAAGGUCUUUGGAAAGUUGAAGAUAAGUUAUGAAAAACUAGGUGAUCAUGUGAAAACCAUAUUUCUUGAUAUUGCAUGCCAUUUCAUUGGAUGGGGGGUAGAAGAAACAAUUUUCUUAUGGAAAGCAUGUGAAUUGAGUCCAAGAUUAGCAAUUAAAGAACUAGUUCAAAAGCAUCUCUUAAAGAUUGAAGGUGAUAAUUAUGAGAGAUUGAGGAUGCACGAUCUACUCCGAGAUAUGGGAAGGACAAUUGUCAUGGAAUUCAGCUCUAAGGACCCCACCAAACGUUAUAGGUUGUGGUCUCAUGAUGAGGUGUUUAAAGUAUUAAAAAAAGACAAGGUAAGACCUAUUUGCUUGCAUCUUUUCUUAUUUACCUUUUAUGAUAACUAA